AUCGUUUUCCGCUACUGGAAGUCUCCACUUUCCCUCUUUGCCUCUUUUGCAUUCUCCGCCAAGGGCCGCGCGGAGAGCAGGGACGGGCGCUGCGAGGGCGGGGCAACGGGAGCCUCCGUCGUUUCCUCCUAGCCGCACUAAGGCCAUGGUGCCGGUACUUCCGCGGCUGUAUGUGAGCGGCGCCGAUCUUGGCCCUGCAGACGAUUCCGGAAAGCCAGCCGUCACGGCGCUGCUGCAGGUGGACUCGGAGCCGCCCGGAGCCGCUGCGCUCGCGGGCUUCGAGAGCACGCUUUUCGUCCAGGCGCUGGACCGGCCGCAGAGCGAUCUGCUGAGUCGCUUGGACGACUGCGCGGCUUUUCUUAGCCAAGUCCUGGAGGGUGGAGGAAGCGCCCUGGUGCGCUGUCAUGCUGGAGUUAGUCGAAGUGUUGCUAUUGUGACUGCCUAUUUAAUGAAAACUAAUCACCUUACUUUUCAAGAGGCCUAUGCCUUUGUUCAAGCCAUCAAGCCUGAUGCUAAGAUGAAUGAAGGCUUUGAGUGGCAACUGCAACUCUAUGAAAAAAUGGGUUGUAAGGUUGAUGUUAACAGUACAAUUUAUAAGCAGUAUCGUUUGAAAAACAUUACAGAGAACUGUCCUGAGAUAGAAGGCUUGCCUGGUCAUGUCUUUGCAAUUGAUCCAAACACAGUACAUCAAAUCCUAAAUCAUGAUACUCUUUACAGGUGCAGGAAAUGCAGGCGUUUGCUGUUCCGAAGUUCAAGCAUUUUGCCCCAUGAUGAAGGCAAAGGACCUGCGGCAUUUGCUCACAAAAAAGUUUCAGAACCUGGACCUUUAAGCCAUGCAGGUCAAACAAACUGUACUUCUUACUUUAUUGAGCCAGUGCAGUGGAUGGAGGCAGCACUGUUAGGAGUCUUGGAAGGACAGCUCCUGUGCCCAAAAUGUACAUCAAAGUUGGGUUCUUUUCACUGGCACGGUGAGCAGUGUUCCUGUGGUCAUUGGGUGACUCCAGCCUUCCAGGUUCACAAGAAUCGUGUUGAUGAAGUAAAAAGAUUGCCCAUUGGGGAGUCAAAGAAUGUGAGAAAGUGAACUUGGUUUGUAUUAGGACAAUUGCAUAUACCUGACAUAAAGAGACACAAUUUAAUCAAUGCUUUAAGAAUCAGUGGCCUUGCAUAGUAUUUUUCUUUUGACUUUACCAUAAUAGUAGGCCAAAUAUACAGCAGAGCUAAUUGCAUAUCACAAGGGAACAUUUCUUGAAAUAGUUUUAAUUUCUUAAACUGAACACUAAAAUUUGUGGUCACACCAGGGUAUUUUGCACAACAUGACUGCUACCAACCAAGAUUGCUAUAGUUGCAAAUAUGUCUAGAGGCUCUUCCUUCUGAACAACUCUGCAUUGUGUACGUGAACUGCAUUUUUCCAAUAAAAAUAAUUCCUGAAAGUUUUGUGUGUGACUUUAUGACCAGAGAGGGAACAGGCAGGAUGUUAAAUUAUAGAGAUGCUCAAUUAUCAAAAAUAUAAUUGAGGUUUGUUAGAAGAUCUCAUAUGAGAUGUGCUUCUGUAAAGGAGUUUAGAAGGGCUGGGCUGCUCACCUCAGCUUCUGGGAGUUUUGCCACAUGUAUAACCAGCUGUUCAAAUACAAAUCUUGGCAAGUAGCCUAUUGUAUGAAUGUUUAAUCCAUUUCCAGCAAGAUCAUUCGGCAUGGUUCUCUUGAGGAAUUUUGGAAUUACUACAAUUAAAAAAUUCAAACCAUAUUUGUAUAUUCUUUUUAAUUUUGUAUAAUCUGAUUUUUUAAAAAUAAAUGCUAACAUUCUUGCGAAGUAGAAUUUGGCAGUCAGAACUAUAUUGAACUGCAUACAAUAGAGUUAAAAUGGUCAGGGGCAGUUUAUGGUAGAAAGAUAGCUGAGAGUAAAGCUAAAAAUCAGAAAUCUGAACAUAAACCCCAAGG